AUGCCGGACGACUCGGCACAGUCCAGCCAGAGCCGGAUGACCGAAGCUGUAACACCAAGGGGUGAACACAAGGACCACGUCAUGGAGCAACCAGAGCCCCACAUGCCAUCUGGCAGUUCUGUUGUACGGUGGCAAUACAACCAAGGAAUUUCAUACUUUCUCUAUGUCCAGCUGCACAAAGUGAGAAGUCUUGAACCCCCUGAGGGUACUCCAAGCAAGGACUUGGAGCGCAUCAAUAGGCUACUGGAGAUGGGAGGGAGGCUUUUGGAGAAGCAUGCACAGCAAUUUGACAUCAGGGACUUCUACACUACACACGAUGCUGAGGAGGGUGUGUGUCAGAUAUGUGAUGAGCUGAAGGAGAUCGUUGAGGGCUGGCACAUGCCGGAUGCAGUGACGAUUGACGAUGCAGUGCCUAAGGAUUGGGUCGAGGAGGACAUGCAGCUGCUGCGGAAGCUGCUUGAAUUUGUCCUGAACGGUGUGGACUGUGAUGUGGAUGACAAGGUGCGGCAAUUGUGGAUCGACGCCAAAGCUAAUCACAUUGACAAGCUGAAUUGUGUGGAGGUGGUGGACCCCAAUGACCUCGAGUUGGGGGUAAGGCGAGCUCAAGGCGCCAAAGGUGCUGUGUUUGAAGCAACCUGGAGGGGAAGAUUGGUGGCUGUGAAGCGGCCACUGUGGGAGGACGACAUGCCCCUUGAGGAACUUGCAGAGUUUGUGAGGGAGGUGUCCUGGCAUGCCUUAUUGCACAGCCAUCCCAACAUUGUCCAGCUGCUUGCCACUACCACUGGUGGUUACCUGGUGAUGGAACUUGCAGACUCAGAUCUGUACUCACUCUGCCACGGGCAUGUCAAGCUGGAGUUCAGUGUGAACCUCAGACUCCUGCAACAAGCUGCUGCAGGCUUGAACUGCAUGCACCUCCGAAACCUUGUCCAUGGGGACGUAAAGAGCAGGAACUGCCUCAUUUUCACAGAUGAGCAGGGCAAUCCCCACUUGAAGCUUGCUGACUUGGGCAUGACGUUCAGAGUGGGCGAGUCCAGGAGCAAGACGAUCAGGAAGGGCGGUGGAACUGCUGCAUGGAUCGCCCCUGAGGUUUACCACAGCAAGCCCAUUGACAAGGCGUCGGAUGUGUACAGCCUGGGGGUGGUCAUGUUUGAGGUUGUCACUGGCAAGGAGCCCUACGAUGCGGGAAAGCAGACUGAGUUUGCCAUUAUGGGCCAAAAGCUCUCUGGGAAGGGUCCCUGUGCAGUGCGCCCUCAAGAUUGCCCCAAAGAAAUGUUGGACCUAAUGCGUCGAUGCUGUGCAGUCGAUCCUGCCCAUAGGCCAAAAAUGGAGGAGGUUGUUGAGAGCCUCCAGCGGAUGCCAGUGGACUGGAAUGAAAGCUGUGCACUAAAGGUACCCCCAGAGGUCAGCACAGGGUCAUCUGCUGCUGAUUCGUGGGUGGAGAGUGCCGCAAACGUCCUGACAAGCCUAAGCACCAGCUCAAAUCCUUCCCAGACCACCACACAUCUAUCACAUACCAUUUCGGUUCGGUCUUUGCCAAGUUCACCUCACUCAGCAGACACAGGAUCAGGCUCCUUUGGCGUUGAAAGAACACUUUCAGGGUCAGAUGUGGCAGAUCGACUUGGUACAAAAGUGCUGGCAUUGGAUGGUGAGCUGGGACUGGUCAUUGAUUGUCAACUUGCGAGGGAAGGCAGCCAAGUGGUGUUCAAGCUCCAGCUGGCUAACGAGACAAAAAGAACAGUGGAAGGCGUGAAGGUUGUGAUGUCUGCUAACUCGUUCGGAUUGCAACCAGCAAACAAGGAGAUCAGCCUUCCGGUCAUCCCUCCUUCUUCUGUACAGACAACAACGAACCUUCUUGUGCAUGAUCGGAAGAUGCUUUCGAGUGGGCCAGCAAGUGACGAGCUGCAAGUUGUGGUGGAGACCCCCAAGUCAUGGUUGGUUUGUUUCACGGAGACCAUCCACAUUGAGCUUCUAUUCUGUGAGGCUGACAAAAUCGAGGAAGAGGAGUUUCGCAGCCAAUGGCAAGAGCUUGGCAAAGAGAGGGAAAAGGCGGAGGUCAUCCCAGUGAUGGUACCGAUUGGGAAAUCGGUGCUUGGGACUUUCGAAGCGGCGAAUAUUGGCGUUGUGGUGUAUGGGCGGAUGCCUGGCUCAGACUGGGAAGCAAUGUACUUGCGGUGUGUGCUGGACAGCUUGCCUGCCCAAGUCUUGCUGCAGCUGUAUUUCAGAAGGGGCAUCGAGCAUGUGGAUUGCGCCUGCAGAAGCGACAAACCAGACCUCCUGCCGAUGGUCAUCAAUGCCGUGCGGCGCAUCUUGAGCAGCAUGAGAGAGCUCGAUUGUGCGGCUGGUGCUGGUACAUCAGAUGUGGACACAGUUGACGAUGCGGUUGGCCCCUCAUCUCCUGACCCACCAGCACGCCCGCAGGACAUCUUCAAUGGCAGUUUAGGGACACCUGGGCCCAGCCAAGAGCUCAAGACAAAGGCAAGCAAGCAAGCAAUCUUGGAUUCUGGUGGGCACACACACGUGGGAGACAACGAAAGAGAGCUCUGGCCAGCAAAACCGGAGGAGAAAGACCAAAUUGUCCAGGACUUGGAGGAUGAGUUCAGGAGGGUUCUGGAACGGGCGGCUGCAGAAGGCCUCGCCGAAAAAGUUGACACUCUGCUUGGAUGUGCAGAAGAUUCCAAGAACUCCUGGUUUUGCCGCACGGCGUGGAUGCUGGCUGCAAGUAACGGCCACGAAGCGGUGGCCGCAGUUUUGCUGCGAAGGGGAGCCAACAUCAAUGAGAAAGACACGGACGGCAACACAGCUCUGCAUCUGGCGGCACGGGAAGGCAGAAUGGCCAUGGUGAAAUUCCUACUAAGCCAUCGAGCCAACAAGAACAUCAGAAAUGAGAACGGGAUUUUCUGGGGAGACACGGCGGCAGACGUCGCGAGGAAGGAAGGGCGCCCUGAGAUUGCUAGGGUGAUCAAAACUUGGGGAAAGAAAUGGAAACUUACACAAUACACGUACAAAUCUCGGAGAUGA